GAAAAUUUACGAUAUUACAGAAAAAGACAAUUAAGAAAAGGGAAGGAGAAUAUGAAUAAAAUACUUACUGUAUAUGUCAAUGUUCAAGAUUGUGAAGAAAUUUUUUAUCCUUAGAGUUAAUCGAAAGAAUAUAUUUAGACUAUUCAAAAUGCUAUCCUUCGACUAAUGUAAUUGAUUGUGAAGAAAAAGAAAUCUACCAAACUGUGAUACAUCGUGAUAUACACAUAUAAUAUUCCUAUACAUGUAUACAUAUAUGUAUAUAUACAUACUUUAUUGAUCUCUAUCUUGUCGACGUAUGAUUCAUUCUUAACCAAUUAAAAAGAAGAAAAACCGCAACAAUUUGUGAGAGUGAAUAGAAUGUUACACUGUGGGAAAUAAUAGUUAAAUAAUAUCUAUGUUGCUGGAGGAAGUUAUAUCAGCACGGUUUCCUUCCUGAUAAUCUUUUUCAAAUAUUCGCGCGUGGAUGAAUAAGGGGAAUUCUUGAGAUAUUUGAAAAGCAUUCGAUCCAGGAUUUUAACACGGAAACAUUUACAGUACAAGAUUCACAUUUGCACGAAUGAUAUCUAAAAAUAGGUCGUUACUCGACGACUGGUACGCGACAGCAACAGCAUGGGGCUUCAUUAUUGAUAAGUCCUGAUAAAAGUUAAUAAAAGCGAUUUAAAUAGACAUACUUGGGAGGAUCCACUUAUGAUACUUGAAUUUCGAGUUCACCCAGUACAAGUGUUCGCUUUUAAGUUUAGCUCAUUUGGAUUUACAAAAAUUCAAUCGACAUUCUUUCUAUUACGAAUAGAUGUUACAGUUCUUUGACACCUUUAAUUUAUCAGUAGUUGAAUAUCAUACUAAUUAUAUUAUAUAGUACUGUAUAUUAUAUUAAUAGUAUCGUACUAUAUGAUACUAAUACUGUUAUAAUGUAUAAGCUGCAGAUGUUUAUGAAUUUAUAGAGAACUUGAAUAUACAAAAAUAUAUAAAGUAAAACAAACAUAUUAGGUGCUAUUUCAUUAAUUGCAUUCAUGAAAAUAUAAAUUUGCAUAAAUAUCUGUAUUGUAAUAAUAGAAUAUGAUUAAUGAUUUUUUUCAAUGAGAAUGUACGCAAAUCGAUUAUACGCGCUCAUGAGUUUAAUACUCGUGAUAGUGAUCCUAAUACCGGUAGCGGAACAUGCAUCGGAUACAUACAAGCAGCGGAACAUACAUGGAUCGGAUGUAUUUCAGUAUGGUCAAAAGGGACAAUCUAGGGAUCAAUCUCGAGAUCAAUCUCGAGAUCAAUCUAUGACAGAAAUGCACCAAUAUUGUGGCCGAAUUUUGUCAAGUACUUUACAGAUAAUAUGCGGUAGUGUUUACAAUAGCCGAUUUAAAAAAAGCAAUCAAGAAAUGGAGAUGGAUGAUUAUAUGGCCUUUAGUUACGAUCUGCAUCCUUAUAAGUCUAUCAAGAAUGCGAAAAAAAUGAUUAGAUUUCGAAGAAAUGGACGGGGAAUUCACGAGGAAUGUUGUUUAAAAUCUUGUACGACCGAAGAGCUGCGCUCCUAUUGCGGUGCUCGUUGAUGAGAGAAUCAUUUUUUAAAACAUAAGCAAAAGAUUGAGGAAAUGCUUAAAUGUAAUGUUUUUCCUAUUUACUAACAUACCAUAUUUUCGAUAGCCAUUUUUUAUGUUUCAAUCAAUAUAAUAAUUCAGCAAAAGCAACAUGAUAUUCUGUAUAAUCUUAGAUCUAUUUAAAACUGUUAGCUCAAACAGUUUAUUCAGAAAUGAUCUACUCAUCUCAAUUUUAUGUGAUAAUAUAAUUUAUACAAUUAUUCUUAAUACUUAUUCAUUUCUUAUUGUACUAUAUGAAAUAUACAAAGACUUUAAUAUCGAACGAUGUUGCUUUAAACAAAGUGAAUACCUUAUUCGUGAUAACGAAUAGUAUAUAUGUGAUAUAUAAUACAUGCUUGUAAUCAAUUGUAUAAGAGAUUGUAAUUGUUGUAUGAUCAUUUUUAAAAAUUAAGAGCUAUUCAAUGGUCUACAGAUAAUCAUAUAUCAAUUCUUACUGAAAGAGGAAUUCACAUAUU